AUGAAAUUAUUCAGUCUCCCUUACCUUGCCUACUCUCGAAUCAUCACUUCAAUGAAUCCGAUCGAAGUGAUUUCCCUCUCAUUUUGUUCGAAAAAGUCAAGAGAAAGAAUCAAACAGAUACAUUUUGAUGUUCCUUUCCUAGGAAUUUCUACAAGAGUUAACAAACGGAAAGCUCCAGUGUUUCAACUACAAAUUACGGGAUAUCGACACUUAUCGAUUCCAUUCGAAACUGCUCCACGUACGUCUAGGUGUAAAGGCCGAAGAUUUACAGGGACUGCAGAUGGAGUCAAACACUAUUUCAGAUGCAUUGAGGGCAUGACUGGCACUGUUUUGUUUAGUAAUAUCCCUAAGAGUUAUUUCAAAAUAACCAAUUACAUGUUGGAUUUAGUGCGAGCAAGUUUGUCUUUUCUUGUGCUGGAUUUGAAUAUGAUCGGCGAUUUGAAAGGAUUCAUAACUGAACCAUGCAUGAAAUCAGUUUCCGGAAUUGAAAUUAUUUCUGAAACUGUUACUGCUGAGAAGCUGUCCAUCUUCUUCAAUAACAUAGAGAAUCCGGUUAAAAACGUUCAUAUUCACUCGAAAGUUGAAGGACAAGUGUCUGCAAGUAUGAACAUCUUUCAAACUGAAAUAUUAGUUUUUUACGAGAGUAGUUGGAUUACAAGAGAACAUUUACUUGGAUUCAAUGGAAACAUUUUGUGUUUCAAAAAGCCUCAUUUUGAUAUUGAACUUGUUAUUGAAUUCAUAAAACAAUGGAGAAACGGAAAUAAUACAAAAUUCAUAGCACUCAUGAUGUCAGAGGUACCUGAAAAAGUUAUGGAUAAGGCUCGUUUUAUUUCUGAAUUCGAUGCGAAACCAUGGGAUCCAGCGAAAAGAGAGAAACGUUCCAUUUAUGAGAAAGAAAUCACUGACGUUCAAGACAUUACUAGCGACUUAUCGGAAGGAUUCGAUUUCGAGAGAGAUGAUGGAUUACUGGCAACUAUCCUAGUCAGCCCACCUGACUUAUUUCAAUUUUUUGUGUGGCACAAACGAUUCAGUGUUGCAAAAUAG